CGUUUUCCGUUUAACGUAACACUACACACGCAAACUUUCCAGGUGAAUAUCAUCGAUGUAUGCUUCGCGACGUCAGAGACUCAAACAAGUAUUUUGCUAUCGGAAAAUCUACCAAUUGAGAUAUAUCGUCAAGUUUGCGAGAGCUUGAAAUACAGCGUCUUUACUGUAAGAAGGAAAGACCGCGGCUUUGUUCGACUCGAAUCGCUGGCGGAAAUUAUACUCAAACACUACGAUCAUUAUCUAAAAACACAAGGAAAGCCGAACGCAGUUGUGAUGUACGUAGAGCGGAUGGAUGAUCUCGAAUCAAUAUUGAAUAACAUGAAGUUCUCCGCGUGGAGAACUUGGAAGACCAGGAUACGUUACCUCAUCAUUGUGCCAAGGACCUUGUGCAACGCGGAAAACGCUGAUCAAAUGUUCAGAGUUAUUUGGAGCUACUGGAUCCUUAACGCGAUAAUACUUUGCUCCUCCGAUCAUACUAAAGAUUUGAACAAAAACGAAUUGUACACUUACAAUCCGUACUCAUCGGAUCACUCGCAACUGUGGAAAACGGUUAUUCAAGAAACUGUCCAAGUUUUUACACAGCCAAAAAAUUUCAGUCACUCCUGGUAUGUCUUCAGGGAAGACUUAAUCGACAUUAAGUCUCCGAAAGACUGCGAUAGCUUGUUUUUCGACAAAACUCUGAACCUCGACAAUUACCUUUUACCAAUAAACAUGUUCGUGAUUCGUCCUGACCUAUACGUCGAUCAGAAGAAAUCUGGCGUAGAGAAAUAUACGGGGCUGCAUGGUUUGACUCUUCAGACACUCGCGAAAAAGCUGAGAUUCAACGUGGAUGAGACUUGCAACGACGACACUGACAAGCUCGGACGAUUAAUUCAAAACGGCUCGUACACCGGGGAAUUGAAAAAUGCGUUUUACGGCCUAUCAAAUAUACUAACCGGCAGUCAUCUUAUGGCGGAUUUCCCCGGUCUGGAAAUGACCUAUCCUUACAUAUCGAGUCAAGCAUGUUUUGCAUCUCGUUAUGCUGACCUGUACCCUUCGUGGACAAACAUUUUUGUCGCUAAAGUGAUAUGGAUCGGACUUGGGCUCAUCACGCUACUCGUGACCGUCGUUCUGUACCUGCAUAACAAGUCGCUGGGAAUGAUAGCUGCGUUUCUGGACGCGGAGCGAUUUAUUGUUGGUAAUUCAAUAAUCCGAUUGCCAAAAUCUAUCAAAUACAGAUUCACUUUCGGAUCGAUAUUUCUCGCCUUUCUGGUUCUCGACGGAAUAUUCAAAGGUCGUUUCGUAUCAACUUUGGCAAGCGAUCGCCGAUAUCCAAAUCUACACACGCUUGAGCAGGUCAAAGCGGAGGGCGUUCAUCUCUACGGUUACGAGUUUUUUAUGAAUUGGAUCGACGAUCCCGUUUUGAAAAAACGUUUCCACGGCAUCGUUCUUGAAAAGUGUCUUGAAAUGAUAGCACGUGAUGGUAAGCAGCGAGCCUGCUUAGCUCAUUGCUCAACGUUACCAUCAGUGUUUCCGAAUUCCUCUAUGCUGGUUCACAAAGCUUUAAUUCCAGUCAUCGACAAUUACGCAGUCUUUGUUUCAACGCUAAAUUGGCCCAUGAUGGACCGUUGGAACUUUGACAUUCAAAAACUGCUCGAGGCUGGUAUCAUAAAUAAAUGGCAUUCAGACGUUUUAUUGGAAAUAGAAAUAAAAUCAUGGAAAACGAAGAGGGCGGCUGUUCAGCCGUACUCCAAAACAAUCCAGCUUAACAGUUUGCUCUCAGCUUUCAUAAUAUUACUUUUUGGCCUUGUGACUGCUCUCCUCACUCUCCUCUGGGAGAUACGUGAACGACGAAGAUGAAGUGACCGGAGAGUUUCAGCAGCUGAUAUUAUAUAACAAUAAAUACUCGCAGGGAUGUUCAAAAAUUUCUGACACAUUCUAAAGUUUCAUUUGGAAUUGGUUUGUACACAUAUAAAUUUUCUUGGUGCAUAAGAAUAAGAAUGAUAUUGUACUUUAACCGUAAGUUGUAGAUUUUCUCUCGGAUGAUCCGCAGUAGGUCAAACUUUUCACGGUAUCGGUGGCUUGUGUCUCUGCUUACAUGCGAAACGGAUACCAACAAUAAUUGCUUGAAACAUUGUAUAAUUCGAUGAUUUUUACGGUAAUAACAAAUAGAUAUCAACUCACGAAUUUAGUAUGUUGCACACUGCAGAAUUGAAUAAAGAGCGAGUGAAUGAAGAUUUUUUAAAUUAUCCUUUUUUUCUUGAUACUUUUUACAGGAAAUUCAUUAAACAUACAGACGACAAACGAAAAUCUUCGUUGACCUUUAAUACUUUUAACAUUUUCAAUCUCUGUCAUUGAAAAAACCUUUAGUGAGUGAUUUACCCAAUCUUCUCUACACUAAAUUCCUGCGGCAAUCGAACACGGUUAGGGCUAAUACACCAGAAAACAUAGGAAGUAUAAUUCAUCGAAGUCAUGCUAUGUAGACACAAUUCUAAAACGAUCAUAUUUUUCAAUUGAGUAUUUGCUUGUGACUAUAUAUCGUUUAAUUAAACGUCGAAUCUAUGUUCGGCUGAAUGUUAGUUUUAUUACGCCCUCGCGUUCAAUUUCCUGGCUGAUCGAUUACCUUGUUUCGUCAACACGCCAAAAUUACUCAGGUAAUCAUUGUAUCUAGUGUCCCAAACGUCGCCUGUCACAAGGAUUUACUCUUAUUUCAUAAAUUGGUUGCUUUUUUGCAGGCACCGGCAAUGAAGUAAUCACUAUUCCUGGAAAAAUGCAAAAUUCAACCUGUGGUUAUUAUUCCAUCGAUACCGUAGAAUAAUCAUAUCGUUAUUUAUUCUUACCUUCGUGAAAUAUCACAAGCACGCUGUCAAACGGCGUUGUUGAUACUUUCGCGUUUCCGAAGUACAAUUAUCUUACACAGGCUGAUAUAUUCAAUUCACUUUAUUGUUAGUUUACCCUAUAAUUUAUCGCUUACGAAACUCGGUGCGUGUUUCAUGUAUGAAUGUUUGAUAAUCUGCAAAUGUUCACAGCACGAUUUGUCGAGCGUUUAUUCGCGACCACCGUUUUUUGUAUCGAAACAUGCUACACUUUGUUUCAUACGUGCAAACAAAAUGCAGCUCGAUGCGAUAUUUCUUCUCGCCGCAUUACCCGGACUCUUGACGACAGCAAAGAUUCUCUCACGAGACGAGGAAGCCGAUUCAUGGUCCACCGCUGUUAGAACUUCUGUCGACUACCUUCAAUUCAAUCUCGUUUUCCGUUCAACGUAACACUACAUACGCAAACGUUCCAGGAAAGACCGCGGCUUUGUUCGACUCGAAUCGCUGGCGGAAAUUAUACUCAAACACUACGAUCAUUAUCUAAAAACACAAGGAAAGCCGAACGCAGUUGUGAUGUACGUAGAGCGGAUGGAUGAUCUCGAAUCAAUAUUGAAUAACAUGAAGUUCUGCGCGUGGAGAACUUGGAAGAACAGGAUACGUUACCUCAUCAUUGUGCCAAGUAUUUGAAAUAUGCGUUUAUGGACCUUGUGCAACGCGGAAAACGCUGAUCAAAUGUUCAGAGUUAUUUGGAGCUACUGGAUCCUUAACG